AUGAAUAUUAUGCCAUUGAUGUUUACGAAAUUGAAACAAACACGUCAUGAAAUAAUAGGUUUUAAUUUGGCAUGUUUUCUUGGUUUGACAACAUGUGUCAUUUUAAAUCUUCUCUGGUAUGUAAGUAUUUGUUGUCAGGUAAUACUCCUUGUCGAUGAAGUUAGCAAGGUCAAUGGCUGUGAAAUCGGCAGCUUUUUCUGAACAUCGCCGAAGAGUGAACUCUCUGGCAGCAUCCUCCAAGUCUGAAAAGUAGUCGUAGAACUCGGCCAUGUGUUUACCACCUCUGUUCUCGCCCUGAAACUCCUCCACGUCCCCCUUAAGAAACACGUCGGCCCAUCGGUGUGCAGUUUGUGCCUUUAAUGCGCCUGUUAAUAGAAAGAAAACUUUUGUGAUUCUAGGAGAGAAAAGAGAUAUGACAAUUCAGCAACUCACCGAUAGUUCGAAGGAAAGUAUCACAGUUCUCCCAGCUGGGACCAAAGCUUCUCAGGGUUGCGUAGAUCAACACGCUGAGAUACUUCACGGGACACUUGUAUUUGCAAAGUUCAAAGAGAUCGGCCAUGUUGUCGGCCGUGAUUCGGUCCGUGAAGUUCAUUGGUUGUUGUUCAUAUUCGAUGUCGUCCACCUCCAUUUCCUCCCGUUCAGCGUCGUCUUCUGCAUUGUUUCCACUUCGGUUCGGUAGAUAUCUAGUUGAAGUUGUUAUCGCGUGUCGUUGACGUCGUGAUUUCGGACCCAUAGUGAAUAUUUAGAGAAUAGAUGAAUGUAGUUGUAUAUCACAUGCUUUAUUUGAACUGAAACCGGUCUAUUUAUAGGUCGGAACGGCGACCGAAUAUAUGAAUACAAAAGAGAGAGAGAGUGAUUACAAACACCUGGAAAAGAUAGUACGAACACAGAGAGUGAUUACAAAGACUUGGAAAAUAUAGUACGAACACAAAGAGAGAGAGAGAUUACAAUGACCUGGAAAAGAUAGUACAAAUAUAGUUAUACUAUCAUUUAACUAAAGGUGAGAAUCAUAACACCACCUAACACGGUUCCCUCUUGAAAUUUUGGCAAAAUCCUCUGA